GCAGGGUCCACGUAAGCCUGGUUCACUAUGGCUAUGAUCACGGUCCGGUUCCCCAUGGAUGCUCUCCUCAGUGCAAGCUCUAGGUCGUCUCGUGGCGGGGCUUCAUGAGCCGGCGACUCUGCCUGAAGUUAAUGGGCAGACUUCUGGAUUAUUGGCGCCAACUUAGGCUUCUUUCCCCUCCAUCUACACUAGAAUUGAUAACUCGCCUCUUACGCCAAACUGCACCCUAGAACCCUACCCCAAUGAUCCUUUACCUUCCUCCCAGUCCUUCUUCUUCUUCUUCAUCAUUCUUAUUAUUCCCAAGAUUCACAUCCGAUCGGACCAUGAGGUUGGCAGCUCGCAGUCGUGGACCUUUUAUCAAUAAACCCCACAUUACCAUUGCCGCCGCCAUCCCAGCCCGAGACAGAGUCAUGGACUUCGGCAAGUACAAAGGCCAGAUGCUCGGAACUCUACCUUCAACCUACCUCCGGUGGAUAUCCAAGAACCUCCGAGCCCGCGAUUUCGAGGAGUGGUCCAGGUUAGCGGAUGAGGUCCUUGAAGAUCCGGUGUACAAGGACAAAAUCGAGUGGGAGUUUGCUGAAGGGCUGCUCAACGGGAAUAGGGCCACCACAUCGAAGACUGAGAGUGCUGUCUCCGAACUGCUGGAGAUCAGUGAGAGAUUCGGGUGGGAUAAUAACGACAAGGUGGGCUGGAGCAGGGUGAAUUUCGAGCUCCUAGGCACAUCCAAAGGUGGGAGGAUACCCAGAAGGAUUCAUUCGAGCAACGGCAAAGAAGGUAGAGAUUUGAUGAGUGCAUCAGGUGAGACAAGUAGAGGGGAUGGAUUCAGGAUCACAGGGGGAGGUGGAAGUGGAGGGGGGCUCGUCUUGUCAGAAGAGGAGAAGAGGAGGAGAGAGAGGAGGGAGAGGCUGAAAUCGAAGAGAUCGGAGAGACACAAGUACGGAUUCAAGUCUGGGGCUAACGUAGUUGAUGAGGUGAUGAAGAAGCUAGGCAGAAAUACUGAUGCCAAUGCCAAUGCCAACGCCAAUGCCAAUGCCGAUGGGGGCAGAGGAGAAGGGGAAGAAGAGGCAUCCUGGUCGGGAUCAAACAAGAAUAUGGUAGAACUAGAAGAGGUUUAUAACCCCUUCCCCGGGCGCAAAGGGCUUCUCAAGAAGGUGCGCAGCCUCAAGCACCAGAAGAGACCACUGUGUCUAUGACCAUAUGGAAACUCACAUCUUCAUCUGCUACUUUUGUCAAUCCCUACCACGGUGUUUCUAUUAAAUGAUGAGCUGAGUUCUUGUAUUAAAUGACGAAAAUUGGUGAAAUAGUAAGUGCAUUGUUUGUGCAAG